AUGCACAAUCCCCAAGCGGACUCCGGAUUCUGGGACUCAAAGGCCCCAGAAGACGCGUCUCCCCGUGUACCCCCUCCUACACUCCAAGUCAAGAACCGUCGGAUACGGUAUCUGGCCAAACACCCCGAGUAUUUCUCGGAGGAGCUCGAGCUAGCAGACCCGUUGCUCUACGACCGCCUGAUCCGCCGAUUCCAGACACCCGAAGAGCGCAAAGCCAAGCGUCCUCGCACGGGGGGCUUCGCUUCAAGGUUCGCGGGCAUCUUGGAAGCGGAGCUCAUGCGCGCAGAGGCGAAAAUGGAGGCGCUUGCUCAUCCCGAAACGACCAUGUUCAGCUACACCCGCGGCCCGAAUGGUGAGGUUCUGCCGGAAGAUAGCGAGGAUAUUCCUGCUACCAAGGAGAUAGGGCUGGAGGAGUGGAAGUGGGAGAUGGGGUUCCGGUUUGUUCAGGGGAAUGACAGAGAAUUCGAUUACAAGACUGUUGAUGAGAAUGAUGAGUAUGAUGACUGGAAUGAAGAGCUGGAUCAGCGUCUAGAGGAUGUGGAAGAGGAGUGGAUCGUCGGUGAUCUACGGGGUGAGGAGGCUCGUGCGAUGGCCAAGGGAGAGACUGGUAUUCAGGAUUAUUGA